AUGUCAAAUCAGCGUUUGACUCGUGCUGCAUCUGCGCGUGCUACAGGUGUGACUAGGCACAAAGCCGUUGCCAAACAGUCUGAUAGUCCACCCGUUGCCAAACAACCAGCGAAAAAAGUGACGACUAAGCGCCGAGCCUCUAAAGAUGCCGAGGAAUUCAUUCCACACCGAGACAGAAUAACAGGUCGCAAGUUGCUUGCUGCUGCCCUUGCCAAGGAACGCGAGGCUGAAGCCAAAGAGGAGAAGAGAGCGCGUGCUGCUGCUAAGACUGCUGCUAAGAGAGCUGCCGACAAGGAAGCCAAAGAGGAAAAGAGAGUGCGCACUGCAGCUAAGAGAGCUGCUGACAAGAUAGGCAAGUCAUUCCUCAAGCAGGUUGCCGACGAGGAACUUCCGCACAAUCUGGGCCCCCUCAACGGCUCAUCGCCUCAUGACGAAGAGAAUCAACCCGUGGCUGGUCCACCUGGUAGACAGCUUACUGAAGCUGCCCUGAAAUAUCAAACCGCAAUAGGUGAAUACCCACCUUCCGAAAAAUCCUCUCCGCAUAAUGUUAAGUGGAUCAAAGAUGACAAAGGCGAGCUCAAGCUCAACAAAUACCACUUGACCCCUGGACGUACACCCUUUAACCAUUGGCCCCACCCUACCCCCGAAGAAUGUGAGGUGGUCAACACACUCCUCUCUAGUGUCCACGGACAAGUUGCCGCCCCCAAGGAAAUUCCUCCUCCCUCUCUAACGGUGACUGGUUGUGGAGAAGUCCCAUCAGUGCUGGACGCGCUUAUUCGUACUCUCCUGAGUGGAGCCACGACCUUUGAGAACGCCGCCAAGGCAUUUAGUGGCCUCGUCCAGCGCUUCGGUAUCCUCCAGGAAGGAAUCGGAAAGGGAAGUGUUGACUGGGACGCUGUUCGUCGUGCCCCCUUCGGCGAUGUAUUCGAUGCAAUCAAGCCUGGGGGUCUUGCUAUGCGCAAAGCCACUAACUUGCGGACAAUUCUUGACACGGUCUACGAAGAGAACAUGCGGCGCCUUGGCCGCCUUAAUCCUCCACACAGUUUCUUCGUCCUCGCUGACAACGUGCCUAAACCUUCCAAUGAACAGGCCUCCAAUGAAAAGCCCUCUGAUGCAAAGCCCUCUGAUGAAAAGCCCUCCAAUGAAAAUCCCUCCAAUGAAAAUCCCAGCGGGGAUAACGAGACUGAUGCAGUCGACAGCACCGCACUAAAUGAGAAAGUUGAAAAGGACCUUGGCGAGUAUGAAAUUGCUUGCGGCCAGGAAUCCUUUUUGUCCCUAAACCAUCUUCACGCCCUUUCAUCCAAGGAUGCCAUGAACGAGCUUCUCAAGUUUCCAGGCGUUGGUCCCAAGACCGCAGCCUGUGUUAUCCUAUUCUGUCUCCAGCGCCCCUGCUUCGCCGUCGACACCCACAUCUUCCGCCUUUCCCAGUGGCUGGGUUGGGUUCCACCCGAUGAUGGCCGUUCCACUGUAAACGAAGUCACCACGUUCAACCACCUGGAAGUUCGAGUCCCCGAUCACUUCAAGUACUCGCUGCACCAACUCUUUAUUCGCCACGGAAAGGACUGUCCCCGUUGCCGUGCCAUUACUGGCGAGCAGUCCGUGGGAUGGAAUGAGGGCUGCGUGAUUGAUCAUCUGGUGAAUCGGGUUGGCCAUCACAAGCCAGGUGGGCUUACUAGAGCUCAGAUGGCCAAGAAGAACAAGGUGAAGCCUGGCGGCACCAAACACAAGGGUACUAAACCCAACCGUGCUCGUGCUGCGAAGAAGAUCAAGACUGGUCUCCAGCCCGAGAACCUUCCUUACCCCAUGGGACCCAUUGAUCCCGAUGAAACUGAACUCGACCCUGAUCUGACUUUGACCGACCCCGAGGCCGAGAUUUCGGAUUAUUCCCGUGCUCCCUCCGACGUUCUUGCCAAUAUUUCCGAUUAA